AUGAAUGGUGAAGCAUGUGUUACCAAUGCAAUUAAUUUGUUUUCUCAAGUUUUUUUCACAAUCAUGUAUUCUGAUUUAGAAUGUGAUUAUAUUAAUCCAAUUGAAUUAUGUAAUAAAUUGAAUCCUUGGUUUAUUCCUGAAGCUGGUUUACAUGGAUUUAUUACAAUUUUAUUUUUAAUUAAUGGAUAUUGGUUUUGUUUCUUAUUAAAUUUACCAUUAUUUGCUUAUAAUAUUAAUAAAUUUUAUAAUAAAAAUCAUUUAUUGGAUGCUACAGAAAUUUUUAGAACUUUAUCUAAACAUAAAAAGGAAUCAUUUUUGAAAUUAGGGUUCCAUUUAUUAUUGUUCUUUUUCUAUUUAUAUAGAAUGAUUAUGGCAUUGGUUAAUGAUGAACAAUAA